AUGGUACAUGUAUUCGCUCAGUUACUUCCACUUAAGAACCACAUCAGUGAUAGAGUAUGUAGACUGUUUCUGGUGGAGGAUGUAUUUGUAGACUGGAGACAGUGCUUAGGUGGUUUGGUCGUUGUUGCUUGGGGCGAUGUUGUGAAUAAAAUCAACUUGUUGUACACCAUGUAUAACUUGUUAGUGGGAGUAGACGAGGGUUGUGUCUCUGGGAUACUGCUGUCUGUUCUCAGUGCGGCUCACAGGAUUUCACAACUGGAGUUCUAUAAUAACGGGAAUAAGCCACCGAGCAAACAACACUAUGUGAACAUAGAAACAGUUGUCAUGGAGAUUGUAAACAACUUGUUCAGAGCUAAACAGGGUGAAAUUGUUACCUUGAAUGACUUACAUAACUGGGCCAAAGACAAUGUGAAACUCCGACAGUCUGUACAGUCACUUCUGAACAAUGCUGAAGAUAAUGAAAACAUCAACAAUAACAGCGAGGAUCUAUCCUAUCUGACAACCAAUACAUCAACAAAUACAUCAUCAUCAACAACAACACACAACAACUGCCUCUCCUUCACAUGGAGUCCAGUUUCUCACAAUCCUGAGUCCAGAGUCCCGUGUUCUCGCCACAAGCACGCCAGCUGUGUGUACGAGGAUUGUCUCUACCUGUUUGGAGGCCGGGAAGCCAACCUGCCUUUAAAGGAUCUCUGGAGAUAUCAUAUUCCCUCCAACACCUGGGAGAGUCUAACCUGUUCAGGAGACGGUCCAUCUACAGUGGAAGACCACACUCUGGUGGCUUACAAGGGCUGUCUGUACAUGUUUGGUGGACUGUUUGGUAAUUUUCACCUAGUGGACCAUGAGACCUCUCUCUGGAUACUUCCUCUAGAUACACUAGUAUGGAGAAAGCAUGCUUUGGACAGUGCUGUCAUGAUGCCAGUCAGUCGUAGAGGUCAUACAGCAGUCAUAUCCCAUCAUGCAAUGCACAUCUACGGAGGCUUUAUUGACCUUAAAGGAACAAGUAGUGAAUUGUGGACUUUUGACUUUGAUUCUGAGACGUGGCACCUGUGCUACAGCACCAUGAUGACAGAUGGCGGUCCUGGAGCACGUCACGCUCACAGCGCAGUCGUCCAUGACAGUGCCAUGUGGGUGUAUGGCGGCCUGAAUAACCUACAGGGGAAGAAUGAUUUCUGGACUUGGAGUUUCAACCUGAGAAAAUGGAGCCGCGUGAAGUGUCGUCAGGGUCCAUCAGAGCUGUAUGGUCACUCAGCCUGCAAGGUGGCAGACGCCAUGUUUGUAUUUGGUGGAGAGAGUGAAGGCAGCCUGAAGAAUGAUCUGUGGAAGUUCCAUUUCUCAUCUUCCACAUGGACAAAACUGCCCACUCCCACCCUGUGUCCAGCACCAUGUUCUAAACACACAGCGGUCAUCGUGUCCAGUUUGCUCUUCUCCGUGGCCAAUACCAGCAAGCGUUCCUGUUCCGUCCCUCAGCUUCAGGAACUCCAAGAAGAAGACAAGAUGAAAGAUUCUCUACCUCCCCGCCCUUUCUCAAGUCCCGCGAACAUCUCACCAGACAGGGUCCACCAUUUCAAAAACAGGGUGUCCCCCUUGGUGAGCCCAUUGGCUGAAGGUGGGACAAACACCCAAUGUCAAGGUCAUGACCUUUCUCUAAGAGAUGACCCAGACAGUGCCAAGGUUCAAGGUCAUCCACAAAACACUUACAAGAAUUUUGUGAUAACAAGAGAACCAUUUUCUACUCCAAAUUUUAAAGUGUUCAGUGAAUCUAAUCAGGACUAUGUUCCUCUCUUAAGAAGGAGCAGGACAGACUCUGAGAAUCUGAGUCGGAUUUCUUCUGAGCAUCUCGCCCAUGACAACCCCAGCUUGCACAGAGAUUCCCUCCAUGAAGGAGACCAAUCACAUCAAAACCAUUCCAUUGUGUCAAAAAUGUCAGCAGACGACAAAGGCAAAGGUUAUGGCCAGGGGGAGCCACUUGUUUGUCAUCUCAGUCAAGACCCAGGACAAACCAAUCCUGAGAAGCAGAGGAGUGAAAAAUUCACCCUGCCUGGUCUGGUGAGGUCUGGGUCAUUGGAGUCUCUGGCUCAAAACAGGAAUCUGGGGAUUGUGUCAGAAACGAGGAUUGAUUCCUCAGAAAUAGCAUGCCACUCUCAGCAGAGAUAUUUGGUUCCUGAAAGCGACCAGGAUUCCGUGGAUUGUGGUCCAAGACGUCCCAGUUAUGGUCUGCCUGUAGAUGAUAUGGUGCUUGAGGAUCUUGAGGAGGAGUAUAAUGAUGAGGAGGAAGAAGAGGAUUUCUGUAUAAGAAAAUCUAUUCAAAAUAUCAGGCAUUCUGACGCUUGUACCAAAGACCUCGACGUCCAUGAAGAUCAUUCCAAAGACACGAAGGCAGCAGGCCCAAUGAGUAUAGGACAUAUUGAAUUCCAAGGUGGCAGUUUGGACCAAUUAAUGAAAGGUUGUGAUGCUUGUGAAACUGAGCAAAAACAACCUCAAAAAUCCGAUUCACAUAACUCUGGGGCCAAUCAUAUUUUGAUCUCAAAGCACCUUAAUGAUUCUAACCCUGAUAAUAUGCACAGUCAGGUGGCAGAUAGAGGGCGUAUUGUGUCAUUUCAGGAUAAACCUGAGUUGAGGUUUAGUGAAAAAAGAAGUGUUCCAUAUUUUGACAGGGAGAUAAAAUCAUCAUCCAACAGACUGGUUAUUAUGCAUAGUAAUUUUUCAAAAAGCUCAGUCAGCAUGCCUGAAGUGAGUGACAGAAAUCUGAGUCAAGUUCAAGGUCAUGGAUGCAGACCUAAUUCUCUAAAUGUGCUGCAAAAUGGGCAGGUGCUUGGGAAAGCAAUUGGUGGACAUAAUGUUGACCCACAGUGGUGCAAUUCAAAUGGAGAACAAAUUGUGGUAGAGAAGCACAGUGGCAGAGGCUUAGCUAGCACAGUGGAUGUGACACAGCACAAUCAAGAGAGUGUGAUCUCAACUAACACAAUCCAGAGUCACACACAAGGUACAGUAGUGUUGUCUGUAGCAGUGGGUGUGAAUGGUUAUUCUGAGUCACACAGACCAGAGAGAGGGAAGCUGCAUGGAAGAUCAAGGACUCUGCCUCAGAUUCCAGUACAACGGGUGCCAGCUGAGGAGACCCCUGUGUCUCAGCAGAAGAGAAAGGGGAAGGUGGAGAAUGGAAAGAAAAAGGUGCUUCCCCAAGCCCCCAGUUUCUGUAUGUUUGUAUUAGGAGGGAGGGAAUCUGAGAUCCAUGGUUUCUACAGAACUCCUAUAGCAAUGUGGAGAUGUGAGAUUGUAUCUGGUAAAGCAUUACCUCAGCCGUUAGCUCGUCUUAUCAAUGAAAACAGAGUAGGGCCAGCAAAGAAGACGCCAUCUACUUAUGUCAACUAA